UUGAAAAUCAAGCAAACUGCGCAUCCGCUGUCAGAGCACAUGUAGCAACAACAUCGACGUCCACAAGUCCAAUGGGAGCCAAAUAUGUUUAGCAGUCGCGGUAUUCAAGCCGUUACAAUUGUGUUUAACAACACCAAAAACUGCUUCCUUCAUCUUUCGUCGAAGUUCAUUUCCCAUCUUUCCUUGAACGAGAAUCAAGCCUUGGAGUUGUCCAGCAGUCAUGGACCUCCAGUGUUCCUCAGCUGGACUCUCAACCGAAGCUCCUCCUCCAGGGGUGACCCCCAUCGUGUGGAGAUCUGCAGGCAUCUGGGAGAGAAGCUGGGCCUGCGGGAUGGAGAAGAAGGCUUCUUGAGACCAUGUCAGCAGGUCUCGUCAGUGCAUCAAGUCUUUGUGGAGCCUCUGUCUUCGGAUGACUGGGAGAUCUUGGAGCUCCACAGCGGCGCGCUCGAGGAGCAUCUUUUGGAUCAGAUUAGAGUCGUUUUCCAACACGCCGUCUUCCCCGUAUGGGUGGACAACCACACGGUCAUCUUCAUCCAGAUAGUGUCCUUGUCGCCGUCUGUGCCUUUUGGUCGCCUGGAGCCCUUCACAGAGCUGAUCGUGUCCCCAAAGAUCCACACCGGUCGCCCCGAGGGUUCCUCUCAGCCUCCUCACGGCGUGUCAGAUCCACUGUCCCAAACUGUGUCCACUUCUGUGCCUCAAAGUCAGCAGUGGGGCCUAAAAAGUCUGUUUGGUUACUUGACAAAGGGCACACGUGACCCAAUGAAGGAGCUCCCCUCUGUACCGGAUGUCCCCGCCCUCCUCCAGGACUCUCGCUACAGAGUAUGCGGUUUACCUCCCCUGUCUCUCGGCGCCGUGAAACACGUCACUUCAGGCGCGCUCCACGUCUUACCUUGGGGCCACGGAUCGGAUGCCAGCCUCACAGGAGGUCUGCCCGCAGUGACCUUUGGCCUGGUCUCCAGGGUGGCUUCACCCAGGGAGGCCAAGGAGAAAGCCAAGUCGGCCGCAGAGAAACAGAAGGAUGCAGCUGGCGAGGAGGUGAAAGAAGAAGUCACGGUGGUUCGUUUGAUAUGCCAUGAUGUAGACGAGCUGGCAGAGGAGCAAAGAAGGCCCAGCAAGGGAAUGAUCCACUGCGGCAAAGUCUGGAUUCCACCACCGUUGACCACCACUCUUAACAUCUCGCCACACUCCACAGUGAGAAUUAGGCCGGUAAAAUCGACAGUGAAAGUUGCAUCCUCCAUUCGCCUCCAGCCUCUAAAUCAACUGAAGGAAGAGGACGAAGUGGAUGAGAUCCAGACCGCCUUCCUCGGCUGGCUGCACACUCAAAGUCACCAACCUUUGGCCUGUCUGACGCCGCGCUCCGGCUCCGUCCUCCUUCACGGCACCGAAGCCAAGUUAGAGUUUGCUGUGACGGUGCUGAAACCAGAACCAGAGAGCGACCCGGCAGACCAGCUGUUUCUGCUCGCGCCGUCCGUUUUGCAAAAGAAGCACAUACAAGUCGUCAGAGAGGCUGCCAUCACAUCAUCUGCAAACGAUGUACCUGACCCAGCAAAGCAAGAACUUCCCUCACUAGAGACGCUGGGUGGCCUUGACGAGGUGAGCAGGAGAAGCUUUGAGUUCAUCUCUCACAGUCUGCUCGCUUCUCCGUUGGCCAGAGAGCUUGGAGUGAUGGCACAAGGCCUCAGAGGAGGAGCGCUGCUCAUCACCGGCGCUCAGGGCAGUGGAAAGAGCGCACUCUCUCGCGCCCUCUGCAGGAGAGCAGCGGAUGAGUUGGAUGCACACGUGGAAGUGUUGGAGUGUAAAACGUUGCAAGGAAAAAGGGCAGAGACGGUGCGACGGACGCUGGAGGACGUUUUCAGGCAGGCACAAUGGCAGCAGCCCUCCGUGGUCCUACUGGAUGACCUGGAUCACGUCACGCCGGCGCCCUCUACGCCCGAGCACGAUCAAGGCCCAGAGGCGCUGCUUCACCUGCACAUCGCACAAAGUUUGAUGGACAUCGUGGACCAACUCAUAGACGACAACAGUCUGACGUGUUUGAUCGUCACCAGCCUGAGUCAGCAAUCAUUACACAAAAAACUCACCUGCGUGGAAGGAACACACUUCUUCCAGGGAUUCACACACAUACAACCACCUGACCAGGCUCAGAGAGCGGACAUCUUGCGUCGUCUGAUCCAAACAAGGUGUCCUCAAAGCUCUGUGACCUUUGACCUGGAGGCUGUGGCCAAGAAGAUGGAGGGAUACCUUCCUCAGGAUGUGGCGGUGCUGUUGGAGAGAGCCGUCCAUGCCAACGUUGCCCGAGGCGGACGCCACCACGCUGGGGUGUGUUUGUCCCUGCAGGACUUUGAGCAGGCUCUUGAGGGCUUCACACCUCCCUCCCUCUGGGGAGUGGACCUCCAUACUCCUAGUGGGCCCGGGCUGGAUGGGGUGGGAGGACUGACGGAGGUGCGACAGCAGCUCAUGGACACCAUCAUGUUACCUGCAAAGUAUCCCGUCCUGUUCGCCAACCUCCCUAUUCGCCACCGCUCAGGCAUCUUACUCUAUGGCGCGCCAGGCACCGGCAAAACCCUGCUUGCCCAAGCUGUGGCCAAAGACAGCGGCAUGAACUUCAUCGCCAUCAAGGGACCAGAACUUUUGAGCAAGUACAUCGGAGCGAGUGAGCAGGGGGUCCGGGAUGUCUUUCAGAGGGCUCAGGCGGCCAAACCUUGCAUCCUCUUCUUUGACGAGUUUGACUCUCUGGCGCCCAGGAGGGGUCACGACAGCACGGGCGUAACGGACCGUGUUGUCAAUCAGCUGCUGACUCAGCUGGACGGCGCCGAGGGCCUAAAAGGCGUUUACGUCCUCGCUGCCACCAGCCGACCGGACCUCAUUGACCCGGCUCUGCUGCGACCCGGACGCCUGGACAAGUCACUGUACUGCCCCUUGCCUGGACGGGAAGACCGCCUGGCCAUCCUGAAGGUUCUGAGCGCAGAUGUCCUCAUGGCGCCCGACGUGGACCUGGAGGAGCUGGCGGCGCGGACCGGAGGCUUCACUGGGGCCGACCUGAAAGCACUGCUGUACAACGCCCAGCUGGAGGCGCUAAACGGCAGUCUGGAAGCUGACGCCCCAACACAUGAAGGGCUGACAUGCAACAUGAGUCUCUCCUCCAUGACGUUUCCCAACCACAGCAGCAGUUCCGACGACGCGGUGGAUGAGGGGCACGCUCGAGCGAGCCCAGAACCUUCCAAAGAACAACAACAUGGCGGCAAUCUGUGGAGACUCUACUUUGGAAGCCCCCUUGAAUCCGAGUGUGGGAAUUCAGCAGCAGACGUGUGCGUCUCUCAGUCCGACUACUUGACCCUUGACCCCUCGAGCCGCGCUCCCUCUCUGCUCCCCCUCACCAUGUCCUCCCUCCGUAACGGCUUGGAGGAGCUGACUGAUGAGCGUCUUCAGCGCCUCCAGGAGGACAUCAGUCACAUCAAGAGCAACUAUUGCAGAGCAAAGGGGGAGCGGGUGUGUGUCCAGUCGGCCUCCAGACAGCCGGGCAUCCUGCUACGUCCAGAGCACCUGCACGCCGCCCUGGACGUCACCAGGCCGUCCCUCAGCGACGACGAGUGGCGCAGACACGCAGCACUAUAUGAAGCCUUCAGAGGUUCGGCAGCUCCAACAUUCCAACCUGGACAACGCGUGACGCUCGCCUGAUGGUGAUGUAACAAAACUCUGACUUAUUUAUUAAUUACUGGACAAUAUUUGUCACUAAGUCGUUUAGAAUGUAAAGAAUAAUCCAAAUGUAAGUUUAAUUUGGUGUACAUUUUGUAUGAGCCGUAAAGAAGAAAGGAGCUAGCAGCCUUUGGUCUUUCAACCUUUAAUGUAAACAGCAGUUGUGGGGAAAUUUUUUUAAAUAGGAAUGUAAAGGGCAGGCAUGUGACUGAGGGGGUAAUACUGUGUACAUAUUAAAAAACGUACUAGAAAUAAUGUCUUUAAAUUAAAAAAUACAUUAACUCUCAAAUUAUAAAGCUUCCCUUUGCAAUGGAGUCACAGUUGAAAGCAAUCACGACGCGAUAAAGAAAAUAUUGCUUAGGAAUGUUGAGUACAGCAGUCGUUGAAACGAAGGAAGGAAGGUAGGCGGGACAACAAAAGGUCGUAACAGUCGUCAGCUGACAGGAAAAAAAAGUGAGUUUAUACUUCGGCUGUGUGAGGAGUAACAUUUAGCUGCCACAAAUGCUGUCUGUGUGUGUGUGACAUGACAGGAAAUAGCAAUAAGCGUGUGGACUAAACAAAGAUGGCUGCCCCAUCACUACCUGCACUGAAAGCCCUGAGGACAAAUUAUAAGAAAAAAAGGCAGAAAGAGGAAGAAGGGAAUCAUCUUCAUGGUAGCCGGUGGGUGUAUUGUUUGGUGGCAUCACAGUUCAUCAAACCAUCUUGUACGGGGGAGAGGGCUAGUUACAGUCGUAAACAAAGUCAUAGUUGCUAGGCUCUUUGGGAAUGGGAGGCGGAGCCUCUGGAAUCUGGAUGUUUUCGAGGUCCAAGAGGCGGAGUUUCAUCUCCAUGGAGAGCAGAGUGUCCAUGUCGGAUUUGGUGUACUCGCUGCUCAUCUCCUUGCCCAGCAGGGCGUUCAGACCGUCCGUCCACACGCAGUACUGAAAUAAAUGCAACUAGAAUUACUACCAAUUCAAUCAGCAUGAGGGCUGGAUAAUUAAAACUACUUUGAAUCUCAAAUUUUCCCAAUCAUAAAAAUAUGCCGGGAAAAAGUGAUUACUGCUGCGCAACGUACAUGCAAAUUCCUGAAAAUGGUGCUCUUUUUUUUUUUUUAAGAUCAUGGUUGGUACUUUUUGUUUGCCAUUGCGCUAGUUUGUCUUAACCAGGGGUCGGCAACCCAAAAUGUUGAAAGACCAAAAAUACAAAAACAAAUAUGUCUGGAGCUGCAAAAAAAUUAAAGCCAUAUAACAUACAGAUAGUGUGUCAUGAGAUAUAAAUUGAAUUAAGAGGACUUAAAGGAAACUAAAUGAGCUGAAAUAGAGCUACAAAUGAGGCAUAAUGAUGCAAUGUGUACAUGUAGCUAGCCUAAAUAACAUGUUUGCAUCGAUUAGUUUGUAGUCAUGCAGUGACCAAAUAUGUCUGAUUAUCACUCCACACAAGUCAAUAACAUCAACAAAACUCACCUUUGUGCAUUGAUGCACAACGUUAAAAGUUUGGUGGACAAAAUAAGACAGAAAAAGAAGUGGCAUAAAACACGUCUUAGAAAGUUGGAGAAAGUUAUAAUGUAAACAAACUAGGGUGAGUUCAAGAACCGCCAAAUACUCGACUCAGUGAAACAUGUUUAAUAUAAACAGUGUGCUUUAUAGCAAUUAGGGAGGUUUGUGUCAAUUUUGUCCUACAGAAACCAUAUUAAAACAAAAAAUGUUUUUCCCCCCCUCAUCUUUUUCAAUUUUUCAUAUAGUUUUGAAAAGGCUCCAGAGAGCCACUAGGGCGGCGCUAAAGAGCCGCGGUUUGACAACCCCCCGGUCUAAACGCAACAAACAAUGCCCUAAGAUUUAGUGUUAACGCAAUCAUGGAAUGUGCCGUUAAACAAAUAUCAAGAAAUAAAUAAGAUGCUAUCGUGAGUAGAAUGCUCAUUCACUCAAUCUGUCCCGUCCUAAAUGAUGUCGUAAGGUCACUUGAAAUAGCGUCGAAACUAUAAAGCUAAAGCUAACAAGAACAAUACACAACACAUCUUAUCUGCUUGUGUCGUUGUGAAGUAUCGAUGUAAGAUCAGCGUGCAAACAGCAGUCGCAACUUCGCUCUGAAAAGCAGCACAAUAACAACGUUGUGUGCAACAUCCGGUCUGAUUGCGCUAACAAAAUACCGUAUUUUUCGAAGUAUAAGUGGCACCUGGUGAAAAUGCAUAAUAAAGAAGGAAAAAAACAUGUA